AGAAAAAAGUAUCAGUUGUUCAAAAAAAAAAGUAUCAAAGUUCAUAUAAAACACCAACAAGUCGUGUUUUUGAAUAAAGAGUAAAACAUAGAGCUCUCUGUCUCUCCCAUUUUUUUGCUUUGGUCGAUGAUGAUGUCCAGGCUACGACUGUAUCCAUGUGUGCUCCUAACUGUAUGGCUCUUGUGUAUCCUAUGUUCGAUUCAUGUGGUUAGAGCUCAAAACCGUACUGGGGCCUCUACUCAUCCCGACGAAGCGCGUGCGUUGAACACCAUCUUCGCGACAUGGAAGAUUCGUGCGCCGAGAGAAUGGAACAUCAGCGGCGAGCUUUGCUCUGGCGCCGCCAUAGACGACGGUGUCACCAUCGACAGUCGCGCAUAUAACCCUCUAAUCAAAUGCGACUGUAAUUUCGUCAACUCCACAAUCUGCCGCAUCACUGCGCUGAAGGUUUAUGCGAUAGAUGUUGUAGGAACUAUACCUGAAGAGCUCUGGACUUUGGAAUACCUCACAAAUCUGAACUUGGGUCAGAACUUUCUGACAGGACCCUUGUCUCCUGCAAUUGGAAACCUGACUCGGAUGGAAUGGCUGACUUUUGGGAUCAAUGCGUUGUCUGGCUCUAUUCCUAAGGAAAUAGGUUUGCUUAGAGACUUGAAAUCGCUGGCUGUUGGUUCAAAUUACUUUUCCGGUUCUAUACCAGCUGAGAUUGGGAGUUGUACAAAACUACAACAACUCUAUAUAGAUAGUUCUGGACUCAGUGGAGAAAUACCCUUAUCAUUUGCUAAUCUUGUUGAGCUGCAAGUCGUCUGGAUGAUGGAUCUGGAAGUUACAGGUCGGAUACCAGACUUUAUAGGAAACUGGACCAAACUUGUUUCCUUGAGAAUUCUCGGAACUGGUUUGAGUGGUCCGAUACCGUCGUCAUUUUCUAACUUAGCUUCUUUGACAGAACUGAGGCUAGGUGAUAUAUCUAGUGGAAGAAGCUCUUCUCUUGAAUUCAUCAAAGACAUGAAAUCUCUAAGUAUAUUAGAAUUGAGGAACAUAAAUCUCGAAGGGACAAUACCCUCUAAUAUUGGAGAAUACUCAAGUUUGCUACAAGUUGAUUUAAGCUUCAACAAACUACAUGGACCAAUACCGGCUUCACUUUUCAACUUAAGUCGACUUAGUCACUUGUUUCUCGGAAACAACAAGUUGAAUGGUUCCUUGCCCAGUCAAAAGAGCCAGUCUUUGAAAAAUAUAGACGUGUCCUACAAUAAUUUGUCUGGAAGUCUUCCUUCAUGGGUCAGCUUACCAAACUUGAAACUCAACCUAGUUGCUAACAGCUUCACAUUGAAAGGUCUUAACAAGAGAGUUUUACCAGGACUGAAAUGCAUGCAGAAGACCUUCCCCUGCAAUAGGGGUAAAGGAAUUUAUUCUGACUUCUCGAUCAACUGCGGAGGGCCAGAGAUAAGGUCUGUUAGCGGAGCACUAUUUGAGAAGGAGGACGAGGAUCUUGGACCUGCUUCGUUCUUCGUGAGUGCUUCUCAGAGAUGGGCAGCCAGUAGCGUAGGACUUUUUGCUGGAAGCAGCAAUAAUAUAUACAUAGCCACUUCACUGUCACAAUUCGUCAACACUUUGGACUCGGAGCUUUUUCAGUCAGCAAGACUUUCUGCAUCUUCCCUAAGGUAUUACGGGUUGGGGCUUGAAAAUGGAGGCUACACAGUGACACUUCAGUUUGCCGAGAUACAAAUGAAAGGUUCCAACACUUGGAGAGGUGUUGCGAGAAGAAGAUUUGACAUUUACGUUCAGGGAAGACUUGUUGAAAAGGAUUUUGAUGUACGAAGAACAGCUGGUGGCUCUAAUUUUAGAGCUGUUCAGAGAGAAUAUAAAGCAAAUGUAUCAGAAAAUUACCUCGAAGUUCAUCUAUUCUGGGCUGGGAAAGGGACAUGUUGUAUUCCUAUUCAGGGGGCGUAUGGGCCAUUAGUAUCAGCCGUUAGUGCAACACCAGAUUUUACACCAACUGUGGUUAAUAUACCGCCAUCAAAGGGAACAAACAGAACUAGUACUCUUGUUAGUGUCUGAUACUCGUUUACUAAGGCAGAGAUUCAGACUGUUGUCAGAGAUUCAGAGGCUUUACACAUCUUCUAAUAAAACACAAUCAUAGUGUUGUUCUUCGGGUUUAUGCAUUUUCUGUUGAACUGUUGUUCAUUUGUAGCUCGUUGUAAUGGGAUCAUUGGUGUUAUAUUUUUACAAAUUAAUUAAAGAGUAUUUUCUUUCUUUUA